AUGGCCGACUCCCAAGAUACCAACAGACCGACCCCAGAGUCCCUAAUCUCCCAGUUUCAAAUAACGAAGCUCCUCAAACAAGACCAAAAUGGCCGCCGCAUCGCCCUCCUCGGCACAAUAAACAACGAACAAGGCAUCCUAACCGCCGAGCGCACCGCAAUCCCAACAGAAUCCCUCGAAGUCCUACAGUCCUUCCAAGCCGCAAUCUCCCGCAUAACCAACCUAGGCGACAACGACAUCUACCGCUGGUACCUCGCCUCAUCCACCUCACCCACCUCACCAACCAGCGAAAUCCACCCAGAUCUAAAAUUAAACCUGAUCUACCCCUGCGACACCCAGCACAUAAAGAAAUACUCCUCCCAAAACCUGCGGAUGGUGACAGAGACACCGACAAUCUACCGCAAUCACAUCCAACCCUACAUCCAGCGCAAGCGCGACCAAGGCCGCUUGAACUGGGUAUUCAAUAUCCUGGAAGGCCGGACAGAGCAGGAAGAUGUUGUUUUGCGUGUGGAGUCCGGAUCUGGUGGGGUGAAUGAUGGGUUCCUGAUGUUGCCGGAUUUGAACUGGGAUCGGAAGAGUAUGGGGUCUUUGCAUUUGCUUGCGCUUGUGCAGAGGAGGGAUCUUUGGUCUUUGAGGGAUUUGAGGAAGAGGGAUGUUGCGUUCUUGAGGGGGUUGAGGGCCAGGGUGCUUGAGGGGGUGAGGGAGGUUUAUGGGUUGGAGGCGGAUCAGUUGAAGCUUUAUGUUCAUUAUCAACCUACUUACUAUCAUUUCCAUGUUCAUGUGGUGAAUGUUGGGCUUGAGGCGGGAGCGACGCAGGCUACGGGAAAGGCUUUUGGGCUUGAGAAUCUGAUUUCUUGGCUUGAGGGGUUGAAUGGGGGCGAGGAUGCGGGUUUGGCGGAUGUUGAUUUGACCUAUUUCUUGGGGGAGGAGAGUGAGCUCUGGACCGAUAUUUUUGGGCCAUUGAAGAGGGGGGAGAAGGCGGCUGAUAGAGUGUAA